AGGAUGGCGAUGCGCUUUCUUCGGGGCUGCCCGGGCAUCUCGGCAGAGGAGGCUGUACGGGCGGGGAGGGAGGAAGAGGAGCCGCCAGGGACUCAUAGGGACUAGAAACCCUUCCAAGGAGACGGUGAGACUGGAAGCUGAUGGAGCUGUUCAAGAGAUGGCUGGGCCACCCAGAGGAGCUCUAUAACCUGGUGAGGUUUAAGAUGGGAGGCUACAAGACGGUGAUGCCCAAGAUGGACCAGGACUCGCUCAGCGACAGCCUCCGCCGCUGCUACCAGUACUUGAACCAGACCAGCCGGAGCUUCGCCGCCGUCAUCCAAGCCCUCGACGGGGAGCUGCGCCAUGCCGUGUGCAUCUUCUACCUGGUGCUCCGAGCCCUGGACACGAUCGAGGACGACAUGACGAUCAACCUGGAAACCAAGGUCCCCAUGCUCCACAACUUCCACUCCUACCUGUAUCAGCCGGACUGGAAAUACAUGGACAGCAAUGAGAAGGACAAGCAAGUUUUAGAAGACUUCCCGACGAUCUCCUUGGAGUUCCGCAACCUGGCAAAGAUAUACCGAGAUGUGAUUGCUGACAUCUGCCACAAGAUGGGUCUGGGGAUGGCUGAGUUUUUGGAGAAGAAGGUGGAUUCUGAGAAGGAGUGGGACCAGUAUUGCCAUUACGUCGCUGGCCUGGUGGGCAUUGGCCUGUCCCAGCUCUUUUCUGCGUCAAAGCUGGAAGACCCCAUUGUCGGGCAGGACACGGAGCUGGCCAACUCCCUGGGGGUUUUCCUGCAGAAAGUCAACAUCAUCCGGGACUACUUGGAGGAUGAGCUUGAAGGCCGGGAGUUUUGGCCCAAAGAGGUUUGGAGCAAGUACGCGAAGAAGCUGUCUGACCUGACCAAGCCGGAGAACAUCGACAAGGCCGUUCAGUGCAUGAAUGAGCUCAUCACCAACGCCUUGCACCACGUCCCUGACGUCUUGACGUAUUUGUCCCGCCUGAAGAACCAGAGUGUCUUCAACUUCUGCGCUAUUCCGCAGGUGAUGGCCAUCGCCACGUUGGCCGCCUGCUACAACAACCAGCAAGUCUUCCGGGGAGUGGUGAAGAUUCGGAAGGGACAAGCCGUCACUCUGAUGAUGGACGCAACAAACAUGCAGGCUGUUAAAGCCAUCAUGUACCAGUAUGUGGAAGAGAUCCAUCAGAAGAUCCCAAGUACAGAUCCUUCCUCCAGCAAGAUACAGCAGAUCAUUGCCUCUGUACGAUCCGUUAGCCUACCCAGCGGCGCCCUGGUCUCCCGGACCCAUUACUCUCCCAUCUACCUGUCCUGCGUGAUGCUCUUAGCUGCGUUGAGCUGGCAGUACCUGAGCACCGUGUCGAAAGCCGCAGAGGAAUACGUCCAUACAGGCGACAACUGAGAGCAGAUUUCCCAGGAUGCCACGCCCUUCGCUGCGGGAUGGAAUAUGCUGCUGUUAUUAUUUCCUUGGCCUUUGGGAACAGGAGAACUCAUAGAUGUCCCAGGACUGUUGGAGAAGGGCUUGGAAUCUUGCAAAUUAAAGUUGGAGCCAGAAGAUUUCACCUAGGAAGCAAUUACUUGCUAGCUUUGAAGCGUCUAACAAAUUGCAGUUUCCAGACCUCUAAUUUUUUCCUUCCUCUUUUGGAGGAACUGGUUACCGGCAAGUCUGUCAUUGGAGUCAGUCUUAAUAUAUUUUUCCUUCCAUUUCUUUCUUGCAGACCCGUUUGGAUCUGCGUCUUUUUUUGUGUUUUUGACAUAGAGUGUUUUUUAAAUA